AUGGCUCACUCUAAAGCUCGAGCCGCAGACGGGAAGGUGAUACCCCCGGGGGUCAAGGAGAUCUCUGACAAAAUCUCCAAAGAGGAAAUGGUCCGCAGGCUCAAGAUGGUCGUGAAGACCUUCAUGGACAUGGACCAGGACUCUGAGGAGGAGAAGGAGCUGUACCUGAACCUGGCCCUCCACCUGGCCUCAGACUUCUUUCUCAAACACCCAGACAAGGACGUGCGUCUGCUGGUAGCCUGCUGUCUGGCAGAUAUAUUCAGGAUUUAUGCUCCAGAAGCACCCUACACCUCCCCAGAUAAGCUCAAGGACAUUUUCAUGUUCAUCACAAGACAGCUUAAAGGACUAGAGGACACGAAAAGUGCGCAGUUCAACAGAUACUUCUACCUGCUGGAGAACAUAGCAUGGGUGAAGUCCUACAAUAUUUGCUUCGAGCUGGAAGACAGCAACGAGAUUUUCACCCAGCUUUACAGAACACUCUUCCAGGUCAUCAACAACGGCCACAACCAGAAAGUGCACAUGCAUAUGGUGGACCUGAUGAGCUCCAUCAUCUGUGAGGGAGACACUGUAUCGCAGGAGCUGUUGGACACCGUGUUGGUCAACCUGGUGCCAGCGCACAAGAAUUUGAACAAACAAGCGUACGACCUGGCCAAAGCUCUGCUGAAGAGGACCGCUCAGGCAAUUGAACCUUACAUCACCAAUUUUUUCAACCAGGUGCUGAUGCUUGGAAAGACCUCAGUCAGCGAUCUGUCUGAGCACGUUUUUGACCUCAUCUUGGAGCUUUACAACAUAGACAGCCACCUGCUGCUCUCAGUGUUGCCGCAGCUGGAGUUCAAACUCAAGAGUAAUGAUAAUGAUGAGAGGCUGCAGGUGGUGAAGCUGCUGGCUAAGAUGUUUGGAGCCAAGGACUCAGAGUUGGCUGCACAGAACAAACCACUCUGGCAGUGUUACCUUGGGAGGUUUAACGAUAUCCACGUGCCUAUAAGACUGGAGUGUGUCAAGUUCGCCAGUCAUUGUCUCAUGAACCACCCAGACCUGGCCAAAGACCUCACAGAGUACUUGAGGGUCAGAUCACAUGACCCAGAGGAGGCCAUCCGCCAUGAUGUCAUUGUCUCUAUAGUAACUGCUGCCAAGAAAGACUUGUCUCUAGUCAACGAUGCAUUGCUGAAUUUUGUAAAGGAGAGGACCUUGGACAAGAGAUGGCGUGUACGUAAGGAGGCAAUGAUGGGCCUGGCAUCGAUCUACAGGAAGUACUCGCUGCAGGGAGAGGGAGGGAGAGAGGCCUCUAAACAGAUUUCCUGGAUCAAAGACAAGCUGCUCCAUAUCUACUACCAGAACAGCAUUGAUGACAGGUUGCUGGUGGAGCGAGUCUUUGCCCAGUACAUGGUUCCUCACAACCUGGAAACCACUGAGAGAAUGAAGUGUCUUUACUACCUGUAUGCCACGCUGGACACAAAUGCUGUCAAAGCGUUGAAUGAGAUGUGGAAGUGCCAGAAUCUCUUGAGACACCAUGUCAAAGACCUGCUGGACCUGGUUAAAAAACCCAAGUCCGAAGCGUCCAACAAGGCUGUGUUCGCCAAAGUCAUGGUGAUCACAAGGAACCUGCCAGACCCGGGCAAGGCUCAGGACUUUGUGAAGAAGCUGGCUCAGGUCCUGGAUGACGACGAGCGAAUCCGAGAUCAGUUGGAAACUUUGGUCAGCCCCACCUGCUCUUGCAAGCAGGCUGAAGUCUGCGUGCGAGACAUCACUAAAAAGCUCGGCAGCCCCAAACAGCCCAGCAAUCCCUUCCUGGAAAUGGUAAAGUUCCUGCUGGAGAGGAUCGCUCCUGUUCACAUCGACACAGAGUCCAUCAGUGCUUUGAUAAAGCAAGUAAACAAAUCUAUAGAUGGAACGGCUGAUGAUGAGGAGGAGGGCGUUCCCACUGAAGAAGCCAUCAGAGCAGGACUGGAACUGCUAAAGGUGCUUUCGUUCACACACCCAGUGUCAUUCCACUCUGCAGAGACAUUUGAGUCUCUGUUGGGCUGUUUGAAAAUGGACGAUGAGAAGGUGGCAGAGGCUGCGCUGCAGAUUUUCAAAAACACAGGAAGCAAGAUGGAAGAGAGUUUUCCUCACAUCAAAUCUGUUUUACUGCCGGUACUGCAGGCCAAAGCCAAGAGAGGCCCUCCUCGCCAGGCCAAGUAUGCCAUCCACUGCAUCAACGCCAUGUUCAGCAACAGAGACACACACUUUGCGCAGAUCUUUGAGCCCCUGCACAAAGGCCUGGACCCUGCUAACCUGGAGCAGCUCAUCACUCCCUUGACCACCCUGGGUCACCUGGCUCAGCUGGCCCCAGAACAGUUUGCUGCACCACUCAAAUCUCUAGUCGCCAACUUCAUUGUAAAAGAUCUGCUCAUGAACGACAGGAUCCCAGGCAAGAAGACAACCAAACUUUGGGUUCCUGAUGAUGAAGUAUCUCCGGAGACUCUGGCCAAGAUCCAGGGCAUAAAGCUGAUGGUGAGAUGGUUAUUAGGAGUGAAGAACAACCAGAGCAAAUCCGGCAACUCCACCCUGAGGAUGCUGACUGCAAUCCUCCACAGCGAUGGAGAUCUAACUGAGCAGGGCAGGAUGGGUAAACCAGACAUGUCGAGGCUGCGGUUGGCGGCGGCCUGCGCCCUGCUGAAGCUGGCACAGGAGCCCUGCUAUCACGAAAUCAUCACACUGGAGCAAUAUCAGCUGUGUGCUCUUGUCAUCAAUGAUGAGUGCUACCAAGUGCGACAGUGUUUUUCCCAGAAGCUUCACCGGGGCCUGUGUCGCCUCCGUCUGCCGCUGGAAUACAUGGCAGUGUUCGCUUUGUGUGCCAAGGACCCUGUUAAAGAGAGGAGAGCUCACGCUCGCCAGUGCUUGGUGAAAAACGUCAACAUUCGCAGAGAGUACCUCAAACAGCAUGCUGCCAUCAGCGACAAGCUGUUUUCUCUGCUGCCGGAGUACGUGGUGCCCUACACCAUCCACCUUCUGGCACACGACCCAGACUACGUCAAAGUACAGGACAUCGAGCAGCUGAAGGAAAUUAAAGAGGCUCUGUGGUUUGUCCUUGAGAUCAUAAUGGCCAAGAAUGAGAACAAUAGCCACGCCUUCAUCAGAAAAAUGGUGGAAAAUAUGAAACAGACAAAAGAUGCCCAGGCUGCGAGCGAUCCCAAAACUAACGAGAAACUGUACACAGUGUGUGACGUGGCCAUGAACAUUAUCAUGUCAAAGAGCACCACCUACAGCCUGGAGUCCCCGAAAGACCCGGUGCUACCCUCACGCUUCUUCACCAAACCAGACAAGAAUUUCAGCAACACAAAAAAUUAUCUCCCACCAGAGAUGAAGGCGUUCUUCACACCCGGAAAGCCCAAGUCGGCUAACGUUUUGGGUGCAGUAAACAAGCCGCUGUCGUCGGCCGGAAAACAACUCCAGAGUAAAGCUUCUCGUAUGGAGACCAACAGCAACGAGGAUUCCUCGUCCAACCCAGGCUCCCCACAACGCAGCAAGACCAGGCAUGACAGCACAGAAAUGGAUCAUAGUGAAAACGAGGACAUCAGCCUAAAGAGAGCAGACAGCGUUGACAAGGAUAUCGAAAAGCCUCGUGGUCGCAAACGGGGCGUGACCACCAGUGACGACCAGGAGAGCAAGCCAAAGCGAGGACGCAAGAAGUCGGCUGCCAACACGACCGCAGCAGCCGACUCUGAAGACCAGUGGGACGAGGACAACCGACCGGAGGACGAGCAGAACAGCCCUCCGAAAAAAGGACGCAGGGGCCGGCCUCCGAAGUCUGCUGCCGCCAAUCAGGACACGCCUUCCAAGGGCAGGAGGGGACGAAAGAAGGCAGCUCCUCCGCCAGAGGACGAUGAAGACGAGGAGGAGGAAGAAGAGGAGAGGGACGAGGAAGCAGAGGAGGACGACGAUGAGGACGACAGGAGCGCUGAAAAUAUGGAGGUGAAGCCGAAAGGAGGAAGGCAAGCCAGGACACCGCGGAGAUCACAAGGCUCGGAGUCAGCAGAGUCCACGCCACAGAAGAGGAGAGGACGCCCACCCAAAUCAGCUCAGCCAGCUGCCAAGAAACCAACGCGUGGUGGUCGAUCGAAGGCAGCUGCUGCUAAAGAUGACUCUGAGGAAGAAGAUGAAGAAGGGGAGGAGGAGCAGGAAGACGAGCCAACACCGAAGGGUCGCAAGAAGGCAGCGGGGCGAAGAAGAUGAGCUAAAAAAAAAAGAAAGGAGGACAAAAGAAGAGCGCACGUCUCCUCUGAAGUCAUGGAGGAAUGACGCAGGAAAGAAAAUAUGGACAUUGAACUUUUUAAACUUUUCAUAUGCCGACGCUCCUACUGUUACACAAAUUUACACACUUGCAUAUUCCACAUGCACACUACAUCAGAGCAUCCGCAUCAUCAGCUGUGGGUUGUUGCUUUGUGUUGCAUUGUGAUGAUGUUCGCCACAUUAAGUAGAAAUAAUUUUACCAGAAAAACAAACAGAAAAAAAAAAAGGAUCACACUUGUAAAUAGUCUCUUAUGUCUGUUUCAUGUUCUGUUGUUGUGUUUGAUGCUGACUGGGGGGAUGCUGUAAAGCCUUUACCCACUGAUAUUAUUAAAGUGCUCCCUUAAAGCAAUAUUGCUUAUCAAACCUCCCUCUGUGUCCUACUUUUAAAAACAGAAAGAGAUUAACCAUUGAAUUUGUUUGAGACGUUAAUUGUGUCGUUUUACUUUCAACGAAACCGUUCUUGUUUACAACUUAGUAUAUUAAUACCUUUUUUUUUUUUUACCAUGUAUCUGAAAAAAAAAAAGUCCGAAACCUGCCCAAAUGUAGAGUUGCUUCUGGAAAUGAUUGUAGUGUGCGUCUCAUUUUUAGGUUUGUACUUGCUGGUAGAAGGAAGUCGUGAGCAGCUGUGGUUGUAGUGUUUGUCACUGCUCAUUACCUUGGCUUCACAUCCACCCAGUCAGAGUCUCCGUUGUAUCAAUAUAAUUCUCUAUAAAACCUGA